GAUCUGUUGUUCUCCUCCCUCCCUCCUCCCGGCUCUCUCUUUCUCCCGCUUUCUUCUUGUGUGGAUCGUUUCCUUCUGUCGAAGCUAUCUCUUUCCCUUUUCUCCUGGCUACUAGGAGUUUCCCCUUUCACGCAAGUGCCGAUCUGUUCAUAUUCAAAAGCCCGAAUUGGAUUCCGCAUCUGGAUCGGCGCUGCCGAGAUGAAAAGGUCCCGAGAGGACGGUGGUGGUUACACGGGCUCUCAGCCCAAGCGGAACACUGCUUCUUCGCGAGGCGAUCCGUCCGGGCAACCCGCCAGUGCACAGAAGCUAACUACGAACGAUGCCCUGGUCUAUCUCAAGGCAGUGAAGGAAAUUUUUCAGGAUAAAAGGGAGAAAUAUGAUGAGUUCCUUGAAGUUAUGAAAGAUUUCAAGGCCCAAAGGAUUGAUACCACUGGCGUUAUAUCAAGGGUAAAAGAGUUAUUCAAAGGGCACCGAGAUCUCAUCUUGGGUUUCAAUACCUUCUUGCCUAAAGGAUAUGAGAUCACCCUCGACGAUGAUCCUCCGCCGAAAAAGCCCGUCGAGUUUGAGGAAGCGAUCAAUUUCGUUAACAAAAUAAAGACUCGGUUCCAAAAUGAUGAACAAGUUUACAAAUCUUUCUUAGAAAUUCUAAAUAUGUACCGAAAGGAGCACAAAUCCAUUACUGAGGUCUACCAAGAGGUAGCCUUGCUUUUCCAGGAACAUCAUGAUUUGCUCGAGGAAUUCACACAUUUCCUACCUGAUGCCUCUGGGACAGCUUCUAUGCAGCAUGUUCCUUCCGGAAGAGCCUUACCUGGAAAUUUCUUGCGUCGGGAUGAAAGGAGCUUGGCUAUGCCCACGGCCCGGCAAGUGCAUGGAGAAAAGAAGGAGAGAGCUGUGAAUUACCACGCUGAUCGCGAUCUCAGUGUUGACCGUCCUGAUCCAGAUGAUAAAGCAAUGAUUAAAGUUGACAAGGAACGGAAAAGACGAGAUCGGGAUGAUAAAGAUUUGGAGCAUGACAGCAAUAGGGAGUUAGAUAAUAUGCAGCGGUUCUCUAACAAACGGAAACCUGGUAGGAGGGGUGAUGACUUUGCUGCCGAGCAGUUACACCCAGGCGGGGAAGGAGCUGAAAACUUUGGAGUGCAUCCUGUUUCUGGUUCUUCCUAUGAUGAUAAAAAUGCCUUGAGAAGCGUAUACACUCAAGAAUUUCAUUUCUGUGAAAAAGUCAAGGAGAGGUUGCGCAAUCCUGACACUUAUCAGGAGUUCUUGAAAUGCCUUCAUAUUUACAGCAAGGAAAUAAUUUCUAGAUCAGAAUUGCAGACUUUGAUGGGUGAUAUACUCGGAAAAUAUCCUGAUCUGAUGGAUGGAUUUAAUGAGUUUUUGGCACAUUGCGAGAAUAUAGAUGGAUUUCUCGCAGGUGUUUUCAAUAAAAAAUCUCUUUGGAACGAGGGACAUCUGACUAGACAAGUGAAGGUAGAGGACAGGGAUAAAGAAAGGGAACGUGAAAGAGAUGAUAGGGAGAAGGAUAGAGAUCGUGAAAGGGAGAGAGAUAAGGAGCGGGAGCGGUUUGACAAAAAUGGUGCUAAAGAUUCUGCACUUCCCAAGGUUCCUGUACUCCCAAACAAAGAAAAAUAUAUGACCAAACCAAUCUCGGAGCUUGACCUCUCAAGCUGUCAGAGCUGUACCCCUAGUUAUCGUUUUCUUCCGAAGAAUUAUCCAAUGCCUCCAGCAAGCCACCGGACGGAACUUGGAGCAUCUGUACUGAAUGAUGAUUGGGUAUCUGUGACAUCUGGAAGUGAGGACUACUCUUUUAAACACAUGCGCAAAAACCAAUAUGAAGAAAGCCUAUUCAGAUGUGAAGAUGAUAGGUUUGAACUGGACAUGUUGUUAGAGUCAGUUACUGUAACUACCAAGCGUGUGGAAGAAUUGUUAGUCAAGAUGAAUGACAAUACAAUCAAACCUGACAGUCAAAUCCGCAUUGAGGACCACUUUACUGCUCUAAAUCUAAGGUGCAUGGAGCGAUUAUAUGGUGAUCAUGGAUUGGAUGUGUUAGAUGUGCUACGCAAGAAUGCAAGUGCUGCAUUGCCUGUUAUAUUAACUCGCUUGAAGCAGAAACAAGAGGAGUGGUUAAAAUGUCGUUCAGAUUUUAAUAAGGUUUGGGCUGAAAUUUAUGCUAAGAACUAUCACAAGUCACUUGACCACCGUAGCUUCUAUUUCAAGCAACAGGAUACAAAGAGCUUGAGCACGAAAGCUCUUUUGGCUGAGAUCAAAGAGAUCAACGAGAAGAAGCGUAAAGAGGAUGAUGUGCUUCUUGCUAUAGCUGCUGGGAACCGGCGCCCUAUAAUUCCAAAUAUGGAAUUUCUGAAUGCUGAUUCAGACAUUCAUGAAGAUAUAUAUCGGGUCAUUAAAUAUUCAUGUGGAGAGGUUUGCACUUCUAUGGAUCAAGUGGAUAAAGUUAUGAGGAUUUGGACUUCCUUCUUGGAGCCCAUGCUGGGUAUUCCUCCUCGACCUCAUGGGUCAGGAGACACAGAAGAUGUGGUAAAAGAUAAGAAUCAUGUUGUAAAAAGAAUUCCAGCAAGCGCAAGGGAAAGUGAUGGCAGUCCUGGUGCUGAUGCUACCAUGUCUAAUUCAAAGCAUCUCAACCCAGUUUGCAAUGGCACUGACAGUAUUCCAGCAGAACAAGCUAGUUCCUGCAGGGUCAGGUUGGUAAAUGGGGAUGCUGUGGUUAAACAAGAUGGUUUUCAUGAUGUCGAUCGAGUUGCCCGCCGGAAUGAUACUUUCUGUAGCAUCUCACAGCAUGAGAACAUGCAGAAUAGUGUUUCUACAGCAGAUGAGAGGUCAGGAGUCAACACUCAGGCUGCUUCUAAUGAACGAUUGAUGGAUGCUAAUUCCUCGCUUACACUUAGAGCAGAACAAAGUCAUGGUAGACCCAGCCUCGAAGCUACAGCAGGGGUUAGCACCACACCUUCCAGACUUGGUCAUGCUACUGCUAGUGAGGCUGGCUCAGAGCCCAAAUUUAAUAAUGAAGUUCUACCUUCGUCAGAGGGAGGUGAUAAUACGAGAUCAGCUGUAUCAGCAAACGGGCAAUGCAUGACAGAGAGUGCCAGAAGUCACAGAUAUCAGGAAGAUAUUGUUGCCAAUAACAACUUCAAGGUUGAGAGGGAAGAGGGUGAAUUAUCACCCAAUGGGGAUUUUGAAGAGGACAAUUUUGUGGUCUAUGGUGAUGCUGGUACGGAUGCUGUUCCCAAGUCUAAGGAUACUGCUGCAAACAGGCAGCAUCAAGUCAGACAUGGUGAAGUGUGUUGUGUGGAGGCAGGAGAAAAUGAUGCCGAUGCUGAUGAUGAGGGUGAGGAAAGUGUUCAGAGGUCGAUGGAGGAUAGUGAUAAUGUAUCUGAGCCUGGUGAAGAUGUUUCAGGGAGUGAGUCAGGUGAUGGUGAGUGCUCCCGUGAAGAUCAUGAGGAAGAGGAAGAAGAUGUUGACCAUGAUGAUAAUGAUGCCAAGGCUGAAAGUGAAGGUGAGGCUGAAGGGAUGGCUGAUGCACAUGAUGCCGAAGGGGAUGGAACAUCAUUGCCAUUUUCAGAACGCUUUCUACUCACAGUGAAGCCCCUUGCGAAACAUGUGCCAUCGGCAUUACAUGAUAAGGAGAAUAAAGAAUCUCGUAUUUUUUACGGCAAUGAUUCAUUUUAUGUGCUUUUUCGGCUUCAUCAGACUUUGUACGAUAGGAUGCUCUCAGCCAAGAUGAAUUCAUCAUCCACUGAAAGAAAAUGGAGAACUCUGAAGGAUACAAGCCCUCCUGAUCCAUAUGCCAGAUUUUUGAGCGCACUGUACAGUUUACUUGAUGGUUCUGCUGACAAUACAAAGUAUGAAGAUGAUUGCCGUGCUAUUAUUGGAACUCAAUCCUAUGUGCUAUUCACAUUGGAUAAGUUGAUAUAUAAACUUGUCAAACAGCUUCAAGCAGUUGUAUCCGAUGAGAUGGACAAUAAGCUUCUUCAGCUGUAUGCAUAUGAAAAAUCACGGCGACCUGGCAGAUUUGUUGAUUUAGUUUAUCAUGAAAAUGCUCGUGUUCUUCUCCAUGAUGAGAACACAUAUAGAUUUGAAUGCUCAUCCAGUCCAACCCGCCUGUCUAUCCAAUUGAUGGAAUAUGGGCAUGAAAAACCUGAAGUGACUGCCGUUUCGAUGGACGCUAAUUUUGCGGCUUAUCUGCAUAAUGAGUUCUUGUCAGUUGUUCCUGACAGGAAGGAAAUGCAUGGUGUCUUCCUUGGAAGAAACAAGCGCAAAUAUGCAUGUGAUGAUGAAUAUUCUGCAGCAUGCAAAGCAAUGGAGGGAAUUCAAUUAAUUAAUGGUUUGGAGUGUAAAAUAUCUUGCAAUUCAUCCAAGGUUUCCUACGUUCUAGACACAGAAGACUUCUUAUUUCGCAUGGGAAGCAAAAGGCAAAGAAGAAGUUCACUAGAUGUUUGGACUAUAAGAGUCCAACGGUUCCACAGAUUGUUAUCUGCCUCCUAAUAUUCCAUGCCACAACAAAAGAGUUUUUAUUUCUUUUUUGGACUGUAGGCCUGUGCUGGCACUGGAUAGUGAACCUUUGACGAUGGCAGAGCAAGAAGCGUUGUUCAUUUGUUCGUUCUACAAUGAGGUAUUCUCUCUCUCUCUCUCUCUCUCUCUCUCUCUCGUUCUUCAUGGAGGGACUCUCUCUCUCUCUCUCUCUAAUGUAUCUCAGAAUAUAGCAUGAUGUAAUUUGUUUUAGCAGUGCAUUUUCCGCCACAAAUGUAUAUAAUACAAUUUUAGCAUUUGUCAUGUAAUGAAUCUGCCUGGAUAUGUUGAAUUGAUUUUUCCA